AUGUUCUCAGUCGUCGUUCCCGGCCGCCCGUGCCUAACAGAUAUUGUCCCCGUGGACGGCCAACCAAACGGCCAAGCUACCAAAUUCGCAUUCACAAUCCCAUUCAACCCACCUUUCACCGAUCUCGUCGUCUUCUUCCUUCCAGGCACAGUUCUCCCACCAAACACCGGUGCUGCAAUCUAUGCUCAACUCCCGGAUCCAAACACCGGAACACCCACCGAUUUCCGCUUUGUCGGCGCAUUAGCAAACGAGAAACAAUCGGGCAUUUUCAACAUCCGCAAUCCAGCGCAGAAUAAUGGAAACGGCCGCUCAGAAGCCGAGCAGGAGGACGCCAUGCUCGACGAGGGUUCAAUCGCAACCAACGGCGUCGUGACACUGGGAAUUUCAAUCGAGGCCGUAGAGAACAUUGCGCCUCAGCUCUCUGCCCUCGAGGCCGAGCGCGCGCAAAACACAUCCAGCUCUACAGCCCUAGUGACCCUGUCUGGCUCAGGCUCCCAGCAAAACCAAAUCUCUACCAAAGUUCUCGCUCAACGGAUCAUCGGCAGUGCGUUUAAUUUUCUCGCCAGCUUUGCCGAAUCAGAUCCUUCGAAUAAGGGCCAUGAUGUCGUGCCACUCAAGAGCUUUCGCGAUUGGUGGACAAAGUUUGAGCGCCGCAUUGAGAUGGAUCCGGCUUUUUUGGAGCGUGAGGAUCCCAAUGCCAAUUGA